AUGCCUACCACCUGUGGCUUCCCGAAUUGUAAAUUUCGAUCCCGCUAUCGCGGCCAAGAAGAUAAUCGACAUUUCUAUCGAAUACCCAAACGACCACAGGUGUUGCGGCAACGUUGGUUACUUGCAAUUGGACGAACCGAGGAUACCGUUGUUUCACAGGCUCUUUAUAGGAUUCAACACGUGAAUUUCUACUUCCCCUGCUAA